CUAAGUCUAUAUGGAAAUAAUUUACUUUUAAAGUUUUUAUUUGGUUUUUUGCAAAAGUGAAAAUGUUAACGAAAGCAGUCCUAAGUUUUUUACUUUUUGGAAUGGUGUUGGAUGUAACCUUGGCCUGUAAUGGUUACAAAGUAAAAGUUUUGAAAAGUGAAAACUGUAUUGAUGACCCCGUUGUAGCAGCUGAUCCGGAAUUUACCCUGAAACUUAAUAAGAAAUGUGAAUUUAUACCCACGGGUUGUGUUGUGAACAAAGCUUUCAAAACGGCAGUGGCCAAGUAUAAAGUCACAAAAGAUGGUGUUGUCGUCAAGGAGGGCAAAGGUGAUGUAUGCAGUAUGGCCGGACAAGCGCCGGAUAAUAUUAAGAAAUAUAUGGAAAUAUUUGGUGCCCCAACAUCGUGUCCCGUGGAAGCGGGCAAAGUAUGUGGAAACGAUAAUAAAAUCGAUAUAACCCCCUUCAAAACGUUGUUGAGUCUUGCCCGUGGAGUCAUUUCUAUACAUUCGGAUAUAACGCAUGAUACAGGUAAAUCAUGUAUAAAUGUGGAAAUAGAAGUUACCAAAUAAUGGCUUUGGUGCAGUUCAUGAAGUGGGUACUGCCUAGCAAUAAUCCAUGUUUUAAAUGUAUCAACUAAUUAUAUUGAAUAAAUAUAGUUUUUUUG